UUUGCGUUGACGUUGGAUUACACCGCGGAGGUCAGUGUGCCGAAGAUGCAGGAAACAGAGAUGAUGGUGACCGUGUCGUUCAUGAAUACGCGACAUUUUACAUGGACAGUGUGCCUCCGCUACCCUGUCAUGUGCGCCCUCCGUCCGGCGUGGCUGUGCGUGCUGCUCGGGCUCUUGCCUUUGGAGAUCCAGUCCCAAGCACUGACUCCGCAGAGAAGUCACAGACACAGGCUCAGUUUUCCCAGAACCUCUAAAUUCCCAAAGUCCUUUCACCCCAGCAUCAUGCCGACUGUGUCUGAUCUCUCUGUCGCUGCUCACAACCAAAUUACAGAGGAAGACGGACAGAUCAUCUGGAGGGCCUUGCUCCCGCACAAAGAGCCCCCGCCAAAGCUCUUUGACCCGUUGGUCGACCAAAGCCACAACGUGCUACCAGAGGCGCCAGUCUGGCAGCGCGGGUCACGGGGUCGUCGCCAUGCUGGUAGAGGCAGGGGCCACCCCCACCUGAUGAGGGUGGGGUGCGUCCUAGGCACCUGUCAGGUUCAGAACCUCAGCCACCGUCUGUACCAGCUGAUUGGACAGAGUGGGAGGGAAGACUCUUCCCCAAUUAAUCCCCGCAGUCCUCACAGCUACGGAUAAGGCCACACCCACCAACCCACACUCAAGACAACUUCAUCAACACCUGCUGGCAAAUUACCCAAGUCCACUGUUACACUAACUAUAUGUUCAGACUCAAAAAUAUUGCUACUGCUGUCAUUCCUUAACAGAGCAGUUGUGGGUUUUUUACACCUUGGGUCUUAUUUUUAUAGUUUUGACUAAAACUGUCAUCGGUAAUAAGAACACGGUACUCACAGAGUAAACUGUUGAACGCUUUGAAUGAGGCAACAUCAUGAAAAAGACAACAGCAAAGACUAAGGCUACGUUCACACUGUAGGUCUUAAUGCUCAAUUCCGA